AUGUGGCAACAAUGGAUUUCCAUAAGAACUUUAGCUCUUCCUGUGAUUGUGAACGUGAAAAAGUUAUACUAUUUAUGUAGUUAUUUAGUUAUUUAUAUAAUAUCAAGUUUAACAAUAAUGGAAUUAUCACAAGUUAGUGAAAAAUCCUGUAAAAGUGAAACAUCAAACCAUCUGGAUACCAUGAAAAUUGAAAUUAAAGAAGAACCCUUGAGUGAAAGUGCACAUGAUGCAUUUGUUUAUUCGGACUUAAAAGAAUUACCUGUAAAGACUGAAAUGGAACAAGACGAGCAGAAGUUUGCACUAUUUGAAGAAAAACAAGUUGAUGAAAAAAGUUUCCUCCAAGAGGAGAACCAAAUGCAAAUUAUGGAACCAUUAACUAAAUCUUCAUAUGAUAAAGGAAACUAUAUAAGUAGAUGCAGUGAGGGAAAAACAUUAAGCAAAAAUAAAAAAGUUCAAACUGGCCAAGAAUGUUACAAGUGUGAAAUUUGUUUUAAGCAGUAUACUACAGUAUCUAGUUUGAAACGACAUAUGCGAUUACAUACUGGAGAAAAACCUUACAAGUGCGAAAUCUGUUUUAAGCAGUUCAGUGAUGCAACUUCUUUAAAACAACAUUCGGUGGUACACACUGGAGAAAAACGUUAUAAAUGCGAAAUAUGUCUUAAGCAGUUUACUCGAAAAGUUUCUUUAUAUCAACAUACGAAAGUUCACACAGGAGAAAAACCUUAUAAGUGCGGAAUUUGUUUUAAGCGGUUUUCUCAGAAAGCUCAUAUGAACGAUCAUUUAAAAUUGCACACUGGAGAAAAACCUUACAAGUGCCAAAUUUGUUUUCAGCGGUUUUCGCGGCAAAGUCAUUUAACAAGACAUUUGAGAUCGCACACUGGAGAAAAACCUUACAAGUGUGAAAUUUGUUUUAAACAAUUUAGUGAUGCAGGUAAUUUAAAAAGACAUUUGAUAGUGCAUACUGGAGAUAAGCCUCACAAAUGUGAAAUUUGUUUUAAACAAUUUAGGGAAGCAGGCACUUUAAAAAGACAUUUGAGAUUGCACACUGGAGAAAAUCCUUACAAGUGUGAAAUUUGUUUUAAGCAGUUUAGUGUAGCAGGAGAUUCGAAAAAACAUUUGAGAGUGCACACCAGUGACGUGCCGUGAUAUUUGAAGGGAUGUAAAUUAAAUGAAAUUAUAAACAGACUUACUAAACUUUUUACUUGUAGUGCAGCUCUAUUAUUCUAUCAUACUUCGACAACACCAUCGAAGAAGGUUGUAACUCAUUUUUAGCGAUUUUACAUGGGAGGCAAAAAACAAAAACAUGAAUUUUUAAAAAUUUGUAGCGUAAUGAUUAGACUCUUUUACCCUAAAGCGAUAUGAUAUUUAUAGCAUAAUAAGGGAUUACCGUGAGAUACUUUGUAAUUUUAUUAACUAUUCAAAAUCUUGAGUUUGAUUGAGAUAACCUUGGGAUUAAACAUGAUUCUUCGUAGAAAAAGGUUGUAACUCGUCUAACAACCAUUUUAUACUCUCCGUGUUAAUUAUUUUUUCCGUUUUACUAUUAAAAGGUUGUAUGUUUUGAGUUAUUGGCAAUAUAGAUAGGAGAAAAUUCGUUUUUAUGGUAUAUUUCAACAAAAUGUCAACUCACAGUUUUCACAAUUUUAAUUGGAAGUUAUAAAUUUUACAAUAACAAUAAUAUCCUAUCACUAUGAAGAAAACAUGGUAUAAAAUAAAUAUCUCAAACUUAUCACAUUUUUAUUGCGUAUCUGUAACUAUUUAAUUUUAGACCAUUUUACUUUAUUACUUUACUCUUUUACGAUUAAUAUCGGCUUCAAAAUUAACAUGUGUGUCCUUUAAUAGGUAUCAUGGUUAUCCAUUCGUCUGGGGCAUAUACGACUUAAUGUUCUUUCCGUUUUCUAUAAGGGCAUGCAUUGAAUUGGCCUCGUUUUGUUGUGCUAUUUCAAAAAAUACAUGUGUAAUGUUAAUAUUAGAAUUUCUCACUACAUAGCCUAGCCAAACCUAUUCUAUAUUUAUUUUGUCCACUGCAACUAUCAAAAAGGAAAAAAAGUUAGUAAAUCCUUUUUAUUUUCAUUUCCAUAAAUUGACUUAUGAGAUGCAUCAUAUGUUUGAUUACUUUAUAAAUUAAACAUACGUGUAACAAAGUUGUAACUCAUUUAAAAACCUUUUUCAUCGUCAAGUAUAAAGAAAGUAAAUAUUUAACAUAGGGAGUAUCCAGUGUUACUGCCUUUUUCACGCUGAAAUGUCACACCUAAGUUUAAAAUACAACUUUUUUCAAUGGAGUAUUAGCCAAACUAUUGAGAAUUAAACUAUGUCGUUUAUAUUGAGGUGUGCGCAAUUUUUUUGCUAAAUUCGCCUCUUUAAAAUCUGAAUCUUGAGUUACAACUCGAGUUACACUCUUGAGCAAACUCGUUAAUAUACACUCAUAAAAACUGGGAUUUUCCGACAUUUCUUUAAUAAGUUCAUUUUCAGUUGACAAAAUUGCUAUUCUCCUUUUCAUGAACAUUUUUCAGUGCGUCACAAAUUAUAGAAAAAAAGGUAAGUCCGUGAUAAUACACAUUUAUGACAUUUAUUCUAACGUGACAUUUUAGUUAAAUCUGACAGUUGUCAAAUUUUAUUUUCAAUUUGGAAUAAAACCAAAUCAAUUGUGUCUAUUGCAUUUAUAAAAUGGUAUUUUCUUUCAUUUGUAUAGUCUUAUAAAUUGUACAGAUUAUAUUGAUAAUAUUAUUAUUUUAUUUAAUAAAUAAUUCUUUUUUGAUUAUGGCGCCAUCUAUCGACAACUAGAAUAAUCACCGAACUAGAAUAAUUACCGAAGUAUUCCCAGACGUGCCUUUUUUUCUGUCACAUACAAUUUAAUGCGUUAGAGAGAAAUCGAAAAACUGUGACGCACUGAAAGAUGAUCAUGAGAAAAAGAAUAAGUUAGCUAGCCUCUCCUCACUUGCGGAAUUUCUGACAAAGUUUUUAAUUCACUUUAGUACAAAAAACUUCGUUCUACAAACGCACUUGCAGCAGGUAUUGUCAUCACUAAAUCGCAUAAUUUUUAAACCUCAAACCAAAGAAUGUCAAAAAAGUUAGCAUAAUUAUUUUUUAGACAACUAAAAGCCUCUUCCGAGAAACUAGAGCUGGAAUAUUAAUUGAAAUUACAAACUCUACAAAUCUUAACUCACAAAGGUUUUUAAAUUUUUAUUUAAGCUGCUGUAAAAUGUUAUAUACAUAUUAUUUCACAAAAAAGUCGAUGAUAAGAUAUUUUUGUGUCACCUGAAUCGUAAAUUCUAAUGCGUGUUCGCUUGGGUCCCAUCUCUUAGAGAUUGCAAGUUUUUUGCCAUAUAGUAUAAAAUUGUUCCCUCUGUCUGUUGAUUUGGACUUACAAUUAAUAGAGGAGUGCAAUUAGAACGAAAACAUGCAUUGUUUCGGAAUAAUUCAAACAAGCUUAUAUUUUUCUAAGGCAUUACAAUUUAAAAAUUCUUAUACAGAAGCUCUUAUACAGUAUGUUUGCGUAGAUAGGAAUUACAUGGAAAACUUUUUUAUUAUCAAUUUUACGGAAAAAAGUUAUUCUUCAUAAAAUACUCUGGAUAGUCAAAAAUCUAAAACUCAACCAUCAGAUAUUAAAUUUUAUCAAUUUUAUACGAGUUGUGUCAAAAAUAUGAAUUUCUUUAAAGAGUAAAGUACCUUUAUAUUCCAGAAUAUCAAAAAAUGCUAUUAUGAAAAGUUGUUUGAAAUUAAAAACUAUAUUUUAAUAUACAGUUACAUCAUUCUAAUUGAAAAAAAAAUUCAAUUUUUUCUCAAAUUACGAAUACCCAUCAUUAUUUUAUUUCAAGUAUUGUAACUAUUUUAU